UUAGGGAUAAAGACUACCAUCUGCGAACGUAUAAAUCAGUGGUUAUGGCAAACAAGCUGAUAGACUGGCUUAUAGCUCAGGGAGACUGCCGGACAAGAGAAGAAGCCAUCAUUCUUUGUGUGGCACUAUGUGACAAUGGAUUUAUGCAUCAUGUAUUGGAGAAGAGCGAGUUCAAAGAUGAGCCUCUGUUGUUUCGAUUCUUCUCUGAUGAGGAAAUGGAAGGUUCCAAUAUGAAGCACAGACUCAUGAAACACGACCUAAAGAUUGUGGAGAAUGUUAUCGCUAAAUCUCUCUUGAUAAAACCCAGUGAUGGAAGCUAUGGCUUUGGCCUGGAGGAUAAAAACAAAGUACCUAUAGUAAAAUACAUUGAAAGGGGAUCUAAUGCUGAGUUGUCAGGAAUGGCAAUCGGGAAAAAAAUCUAUGCUGUGAAUGGUGACCUUGUUUUCCGGAGGCCGUUCCAUGAAGUGGAUUGUUUUCUGAGGACUUGCUUGAACAGCAGAAAACCUCUAAGGAUUCUCAUGAGCACAAAACCCAGAGAGACAGUAAAAAUUCCAGAUUCUCCAGAGGGACUUGGAUUCCAAAUUAGAGGAUUUGGGCCAUCUGUUGUACACGCUGUGGGUAGAGGGACAGUGGCUGCAGUUGCUGGUCUGCACCCAGGGCAGUGCAUCAUCAAAGUGAAUGGGAUCAAUGUCAGUAAAGAAAGCCAUGCAAGUGUCAUUGCUCAUGUGACUGCCUGCAGAAAAUACCGGAGGCCAAUGCAGCAAGAUUCCAUCCAGUGGAUCUAUGACAGCACUGAGAGUGCCAAGGAAGAUAUCAUAAAAUCCGCUCAUCCUCGGCCCUUAGGAGAAAACGAAGGGGAUGGAUUUGAUUGCAAAGUAGAAGAGGUUAUUGACAAAUUCAGCACCAUGGCUAUCAUUGACGGAAAGAAGGAUCACGUGAGCCUCACUGUGGAUAACGUUCACUUAGAAUAUGGUGUUAUAUAUGAGUACGACAGCACAGCAGGAAUCAAGUGCCAUGUAGUGGAGAAGAUGGUUGAACCAAAGGGCUUCUUCAGCCUAAGUGCCAAGGUAUUAGAUGCUUUUGCUAAAAGUGAUGAACAGUUUGUGCAAAACUGCAGCAAUCUGCAUUCUUUACAAGAAGUCAUUCCUCCGGAGCUUCAGAAUAAAUUCACUAUCAUCUGUCGAGAGAAAAUUGAACAUAUUUACAGGAGGAUCUCUAGUUACAGGAAGUUUUCAAGGGUUUUGAAAAACAGAGCCUGGCCUACAUUCAAGCAAGCAAAGUCAAAGAUUUCACCUCUUCAUAGCAGUGACUUCUGCCCAACAAACUGUCAUUUCAAUGUCAUGCAGGUUUCAUAUCCCAAAACCUUGACAUCACUUGGCAGCGCAUUUGGGGUACAGCUAGACAAUAGAAAACAGACUUCCCAGGACAAAGAAAACAAAAUCACAGAGCAAGGUAAACUUAAUCCUAUGGUGUACAUACAACACACAAUAACCACAAUGGCUGCACCUUCGGGACAUUCACUGGGUCAGCGUGAUGGCCAUGGCUUGCGAUAUUUACUCAAAGAUGAGGAUUUGGAAACACAGGAUAUACAUCAUAAGUUACUAUGCAAACUCCAGUCAGCCCUGGCAGAAGUGGAAACCUGCGUGUCUCAAAUUGAUGAAUUAUUGUCUUCAAUAACUUGCUCUCCCAAAUGUGACCGUAAGACAGAGACAUUAAUAGCGGUGGACAGCGAUAAUGAGAGAGGAGAGAAGAAUGGGAAGAGAGUGUGCUUCAAUGUUGCAGGGGAUGAGCAGGAGGAUUCAGGUCAUGAUACCAUCAGCAACCGAGAUUCUUACAGUGACUGUAACAGCAACAGAAACUCCAUUGCCUCCUUCACCAGUGUGUGCAGCAGCCAGUGUAGUUCAUACCUGCACAGCGAUGACAUGGACUCUGGGGAUGAGCUGCCAUUAAGUGUCAGAAUUUCCCAUGAGAAACAAGACAAAUUACACAGCUGUUUGGAACACCUUUUCAGUCAGGUGGAAUCAAUUACUAAUCUUCUAAGAGGUCCAGCUGUUGCAAGAGCAUUUGAGCAAACAAAAUACUUUACACCGGGACGAGGGCCUGCAAAAUUUCAACAGGAAAUGGAGCCUAAAUUAAGUUGUCCAAAGCGGUUACGACUUCAUAUUAAGCAGGAUCCUUGGAAUCUGCCAAGUAGUGUCCGAAUUCUUGCACAGAACAUUCGAAAGUUUGUAGAAGAGGUUGAAACUCGGAUACUUUUGGCUUUACUUGAAUAUACAGAUAGUGAAAUUCAACUUAGGAGAGAUAUGGUCUUCUGCCAGAGCUUGGUAGCUGCUGUGUGUGCCUUCUCUGAGCAGCUACUGGUUGCAUUAAAUCACAUGUAUGAUAGCAACAGAGAGUAUGAAGUAGAAACACAAGAGGCCAGCAGAAGAUGGUUGGAGCAGAUUGCCAAUGCUGGUGUCCUCUUCCACUUCCAGUCCCUUCUUUCUCCAAACCUGACAGAUGAACAAGCUAUGCUGGAGGACUCGCUUGUCGCUUUGUUAGAUUUGGAAAAGGUCAUGUUUCACUUCAGACAAGCUGAACAAGGACCACAAGUGGCAAAUGUACCUAUCACCUAUCAGGCAGAAGGAAGUCGCCAGGCUUUGAAAAUUUACUUCUACGUAGACGAGUAUCACUUUGAACAUUUACCACAACGCCUGAAGAAUGGAGGCGGAUUCAAAAUUCACCCUGUCCUAUUUUCUCAAGCUGGAGAGAGCAUGGAUGGCUAUUAUUACAAGGAUAAUGUUUCUAUAGAGGAAUUUCAAGCUCAGAUUAAUGCUGCUUCACUUGAGAAAGUUAAACAGUAUAAUCAGAAACUAAGGGCUUUCUACUUGGAUAAGACAAACCUGCCUCCAAAUACCACAUCUAAAGCUGCUUUCAUUGACAAGCUGAUGAGGCCAUUAAAUGCUUUGGAUGAACUAUACCGGCUGGUAGAUUCCUUUAUUCACUCCAAACGUACAGCAGCCUGUGCCUACACAGCUUGUGGUGCCUCGGGUGUUGGACUGCUGUCUGUGUCUUCAGAACUUUGUAAUCGGCUUGGAGCCUGCCACAUAAUAUUGUGCAAUAGCGGGGUGCACAGGUAAGUACGAGUUAUUAUUUCUUGCCAAACAUGUAUUUUUUAAUGAGCUUGCCUGA